UUGCUUUUCAUAUAAAUGCCAUUUAACGUCAGUAGAGGUUACACAACUGGAAUGUUCAGCGACGAAGAUAGCGAGAAAUGCCCCAAGCACCGCCGCCGUAGAAUUCGAAUGAGAAGGCUUCUGCAGGCGAAACUACUUGCCUCUGGUGGUUGUUCCUCGUCAAAAGCUUUCGGCCAAGGAAAGGGAGUGCGCGUGGGAGUCGGUUUAGUGGAGAUGGAGUCUUCGGCCGCCGCAAGUCAGACAGCAACAGGUGCAGGGCCGAUGGUUGGUGCAAUUUCUGUAUCAGGAAGGCAGCGAGUAAUGGAAGAUGCAGUUUCUAUUCGACCAAAUCUUUGUUCGCCGGAGAUCAAUAGCCGCCGACCAGUUGAUUUCUUUGCUAUUUACGAUGGACAUGGUGGACGUCAUGUAAACCAUACGGUAGCUUCACUAUGUAGCAAGAGGAUGCACAUCAUACUAGAAGAAGAGCUCAUGCGCGUAAGAAACAACGCAGACAUUAGUGGUAGCAGCAACUCACGUGGUGAAAGACGACGACCAUCAGAAGGGCAGAGGACGGAGGAGGCAUGGAAAAGAGUGUUGAGAAGCUGCUUUCUGAGAAUGGAUGAGAUGGCUUCAUGCACAUGUCCCGAGUGUGGAAGUGUAGGCUACCAAUGCGGCUGCCCACCCGACACCUUGGGCCUGACGGGAUCCACCGCCGUGGUUGCAAUUUUGACAGAUGAAACUAUCAUUGUCGCCAACUGUGGUGACUCACGCGCCGUCCUUAGCCACGGUGGAAGUCCCAUCCCUCUUUCUUAUGAUCAUAAGCCAGACAGACAAGAAGAACGUGCCAGAAUAGAGGCAUGUGGAGGCCAAGUUGUUUUUACAGAUGGAGCACGAGUUGAAGGAAUUCUCGCCAUAUCUAGGGCAAUAGGAGACAAUUAUCUAAAACCAUAUGUCACAUCCGAGCCUGAGAUAACCUUCACAAAAAGGGAAGCAGAGGAUGAGUGCCUGAUCCUUGCCAGCGACGGCUUGUGGGAUGUUUUAUCAAGUGAAAUGGCGUGUGCGGUGGCCAGAGAGUGUCUUCGAGAAGAAGACCAUAGUUUCAGUCCCUGGGUAGAAGGUGUUGGCGAAGGAGCAAUGUUUUCUUCACGAAGUGCAUCAGCAGCAGCGCUACUGACUCGGCUUGCUCUGGGACGGAAUAGCUGUGAUAACAUUAGCGUGAUAGUGGUUGAUUUAAAAAGAUCAAAUCAUACUGGUCUAUAGUUUAUAGAGUAAGGUAAUUACUUCUUGACAUGAAUAUGAAUGGUCUCGGAUAUAUAGCUAGUGUAACCAACAUAUGAGACUUUUUUUUUAUGUAUGUCUUUUACAGCCAUUAGAAGUUGAUCUUCUGGAUGAUGAUGUGAUAGUCGGUCAAUGUAUAGUUCAGGUUA